AUGAUUGUAUCCUUUUUUUUCUCUCUUUACAGGAUUAUAUGGUGAACCUAAUAGCCAUGGUCUCCCUGGGGAUUCUUCUCUCAUUGGGCACAGCUGCUCCGAUCAGGCAGGGCACAGCUUCUCCGAUCAGGCAGGGCACAGCUUCUCCGAUCAGGCAGAGCACUCUGCUCUCCCAACUUCAGCAGAUGGCCAGGUUUCUGUCACAGAAACUAAGCCUAUGGCAUCCACGGCUCCUGUGCCCUCUCCUGCUAAUGGCACGUCCUCACAAACCUUACACACCAAGACAGAGGGCGAUGUCUCGGGGAGCAAUAUUGCUGUCUUACCUGAAGGUCAGCAGACGGGCUUACAGCUCUGCAGCGAUCAAGAUGUACAAGUAAUAAAUGGCUUGACGUACACAGUGGAGACCAACACUCAUCCCACUUCUGGCCCCUUACCUGCCCCAAGUGCUACAGGUUUGUCCUUCGGCCUUGCUUUGUCAGACAAUGGAACCCCUCCAGAUGGAGCUACAUUUGCUCAGACACCCGACUCGCUUGCAAACUCUGCUUCGGUUCAGGAGUCUGACACAGAAGGUCCCCCCAAACGAGACUUUGCAGACAACCGCAUCAAAACCCUGGAUGAGAAACUGAGGACCCUUCUGUAUCAGGACAGCUCUGCCAGUUCCUAUGCCGACAGUCAGAAGGAGACGCAGAGCACAGAGUCUCCUCUCUCUUCUUCUGCCGAAGAUACCCUGUCUUGUCCUGCUCCUGAAGCCUCCAAUGUGAAUUCCGACAGCAUUCAGGCCACACCAGAGGAGGCAGAACCUAUUGAUUCCAUGGUAGCCAAAGAUCCUGAAGCUGUCAUUACUGUACCUGGUCAGUUGACGCCAUCUGAAAGUUCUGAAGAGGCCUGGCACCCUGGGAGUUCUCAUGCCUGCACCAAGCGCUCUUUGGGCAGCGGAGCUGCGCAUCUACAGACAGGAGAUGACGAUGGAACAAGAAGGGAAGUAUCUGAUGCCACGCAAAGGGUUGUAGAAGCACUGGCUGAAUGUGCCUUGUCGGAGGGUACCACCUCUGGAACCAGUGCCUUCAAGCGUGGGCGGUUUCAGGUGUGUGGCCCAAAUAUGUUAACCAACAUAUGUUUACCAGAUCAGUUUUUUGCAGUUUUCUUUGACGGCCAAUUACAGUGGUCAGGUGAUUGGCUCAUCUUUCCCGCCCCUUGGCAUUCAGAACUUUUAAAGGGAUGAUCAUGCCAGGGUGGGCAGUGAGGGUUAAACUUGAUAAAAAAAAAUGAUCAGCGCAUAAAUUAAAUGGAUCAAU